AUUUGAGGAAUGUGUUAGAAGAAUCAUGUCUCUAAUUGAUGAAGCACUCAAGCGUAUUAAGAAUGAAGUAAACGUGCUUGUUGUGGGACUUGCUUUAGCUGGUGUGAAUACUUCAGCAUGUCAAGAAAAAAUUUUAAAAAUUUGUUAUCAGAAUUAUUCAAAUGUCGCUAAAAGCUUUACAGUUGUUAAUGAUACGGUGGGAUCAAUAUAUACGGCUACUCCUAGUGGGACUGGAUCAAACUGCACAUUAUUAACUGAAACUGGACACCAAAUUACUUGUGGAGGUUGGGGCUACAUUCUUGGAGAUCAGGGAUCGGGUAGAAUGAAUUUAUAUUUUCUAGGAUAUUUUGUAUCAUUAAAAACUAUUAAAACCUUGGAGAAUAUAACCAAUCUUUUGGAAUUGUUUUAUUCGAAUUUCAAGGUUGCAAAUAUUGCUUCCCUCGCUAAACCACUUUGCGAUUUGGGUAGAGAUGGAGAUGAAUUAGUACAGUCGAUUUUUUAUAAAGCUGGAAGAGAUCUAGCUCUUCAUAUAAUGGCAGUGAUAAGAAAGGCAGGGAUCGAAUCAUCAGUAGAUAUUGUCUGUACAGGAUCCAUGUGGAAAAGUUGGGAUUUGUUGAAAUCUGGAUUCAAAUCUGGAAUGGAACCAACUGUCGACUAUAGAUUACUUUAUCUAAAAAAGACUGCAGCUAUCGGAGCUGCUUUAUAUGCAGCAAAAUGCAGUUCCAAGGGUUCUUUAAUUGAAAAUUAUGAUUAUUCUGCCAACUUUGAAGUUCUUUAA